AUGAACGCACGCGAUUUAUCUUUACCUCCCUUGUCAACUGGUGUAACGUCAAUUUCCUCUGUGACUUCAAAUGCUCUUGUCACGCCCGUUAUUAACAAUAUAAAUGCAAAAGGCGUAGCUGGUUUUACUCCGAGAAAUUCAACAUCAAAUGAAAUAAAUGAAAUUCUAACUGAUCUUUGGAAAAAAGGCCAGCCAAGUAGAUUUAAAUUUAAUUGGCUAUCACGUUGGCCUUGGUUAGCUUACGCGGCAAAGGAAGGUGGUGCUUUUUGUAAAGCACGUGUUGGUUAUGCUAAAUCUGCUGCUGGUAUCGAUUACCGAAAUCUCGGGGUUUUAGUAAAACGCAUAUUCGAUAAUUGGAAGCACGCACUGCUACGACACCGUUUUUAA